GCCUUUUCUGUUUUUAUUUCAGAUUUACAGCAUCUGCAGUAUUUUGCUUUCUUUCCUGAUGUAUAACACACUUGUUUCAGAAUGAUACGCCAUUAAGCUGCAUCUUCUUAUAUCAUAAUGAGUGCUGCACGAUAUGAACAGAGCUGGAUUUAUUCAUGUACUGGAGAAGUAUCCAAACACACCAAUGAGCCACAAGGAGAUCCUACAGGUCAUCCAGCGUGAAGGACUCAAGGAGAUCAGUGGCACUUCUCCAUUGGCUUGCUUGAAUGCUAUGCUUCACACAAAUUCUAGGGGAGAAGAGGGUAUUUUCUAUAAGGUGCCUGGUCGAAUGGGAGUCUAUACUUUGAAGAAGGAUGUCCCAGAUGAAAUGAAGGAGCUGUCUGAGAUAUGGGAUGAUAGCAGUGACGGUCAAUCAGACUCGCAGAGCACAGACAGCCACGAGAAGAGGGAAAGGAAGAAAAUUUCAUCCAGGUUAUCGCCUCAACCAGCUUCACCUCAGUCAAGUUGCCCCUCUCCUUCCAUCUCACAGAAUAAGAUUAUGUCUCCAUCCCAGAAGCACAGCAAGAAAGCCCUCAAACAGGCCCUGAAACAGCAGCAGCAGAGAAAACAGUGUCGCCCUGGCCUACCAGUAACCUCCAACCCAAGGCUGUUACUGAAGUCUGUCAAAGCUACUGACCAGACCAUUUCCAAGACUGGUUGGGAAAGUAAACAGUCAGACGGCUGUUCAACAAGUCCUCAGAAUUCAACCUCCAGCUCAUCAUCAUCUGGGAAAAUGGACCAAGCCCUGCAAGGACUGGGCAGGAAGCCAUCUCAGAGGUCUGACAGACUCAAUGCAAGACAGCUGAAAAGGACAAAAGGCACUGACAUCGAUGUGGAGACACCAGACUCCAUCCUGGUAAACACAAAUCUACGGGCUCUGAUAAAUAAGCACACCUUUUCGGUUUUCCCUGGAGACUUCCAGCAACGAUUGCUCCUCCUGCUCCCUGAGGUGGACAGACAGGUGGGUACAGAUGGUUUGAUGCGUUUGAGCUCCUCAGCACUCAAUAAUGAAUUCUUUACUUCGGCAGCCCAGGGCUGGAAGGAACGCUUAUCAGAAGGAGAGUUCACUCCAGAAAUGCAGCUGAGAAUACGACAAGAGAUAGAAAAAGAAAAGAAGGUGGAACAUUGGAAGGAAAGCUUUUUCGAGAAUUACUAUGGCCAAAAUUCUGGCAUAAGUCUGGAAGACUCCGAAAAGCUGACUUCAAUGUCGAAUAAUGUUGAGGAUCAUCAACAUCUUCCAACCAAACAUCCCCCUCUCCAAUCAGCCACAGACGAAAAUUCAGUCAAGGCAGAGACACCAGCUGAACUAAAAGGAGAAGCUGACAUCAAAGCACUAACCAAAGAAGAAGGCAUGCUCAUAGUGGAAGACAAGGGUGAAGCAAUAGAGACAUCUCCAAUCUCUUCCAAACAGUCUGGCAGCAAAUCAUCUCCAACUAUUAAAACCCAUGAAGAUGAUAAACCUCUGGAGAUUAGUACUCUGUCUGAGAAGAAGGCAGAUCCUGACCUGACUCCUUCAAUGCUGCAGCAAGAUAAUCAAACUCCAAAAGUCAGCUCUGUUGUUUCCCAAGAGGGUAAAGCCUUGGUAUCCACGGUGAAAUUAGACCAAAACCAGUCCAAGUUGCAGAGUUCAGAAACAUCUGAAAAUAAAAAGCCUGAGGCUGUUGAUUCACUGGAAAGCAAGAUCCCUGAAUCUUCCAAGAAAGAGCAAGUUCUCAAAUCUACUGAAGAAAUGGAAGCUAUUGCAGAGGGUCUUAAAAGGAAGUCUACCAGUGAAGAAGAGUCUCUGCUCAAUCCUGAGAAAAGGCCCCGCAUUGUGGACCACCAGUUAUUUCGGACCCCACCUAAGGACUUUCCCAAAGACAAAGAUGAGCCACGUGAACUCAAAGUCCCACCUCUUAAGAUUCCAGUCUCAAGAAUCAGACCUGUGCCCACCCAAUCUAGUCAGGUCUCUCCAAGGGCCACUUUCCCACAGCUCGUCAUUAGUCCUGGGAGAACUGGAGCCAGGACUCUUGCGGACAUCAAAGCUAAAGCUCAACUUGCCAAGGCACAGCGGGCACAGCGGGCAGCAGCUGCAGGUGGAACAGUUCCAGGUCCAGGUCCAGGGGGAGGGAGUGGAGGGGGUGGAGGGACUGCAGUCACUAGAACCUCAGGACAGGGGAACACAUUGGAUAUGGACAGAACUGGAGGCAGGAGAGGUGUUGGAGGGUCCUUGUUUGAUAAUUCAGGACAACAAUGUAGAACAUGUCCAGAGGCUUCAAGUACGGUCCCAACCCGUAUGGAUCCGAGAACACAAUUACAGCAAGCCCCCAUGGCGCAGUCCUUACCUGCAAUUAGCAAUGCAGACCCCAGCAAAUCUUCAACCACAAUGACAACACCAGCAUUAACAUUAUCAUCGAAUGCACAUAUACUACCGUCUGUGACUUCACUGUCAUCCUCACAGACCUGUCCAGUGACCACAAACAGUACGGCAACAAAAGCCACUCCCGCUCCAUUGCAGACAGAAACUACAACCCAGAAUCGCAGUACAGCCUUGACAGUGGUUUUGAAACCUGGACUUGUUUUCAGAGAUUCUGCGUAUGCAAAGGCAGCAACUCAAAGCUCAGGAAAUUUUCCCGUGCACAAUCUCGCCGGUGAAGUGAGUACUCAGCCUUUGACAGACUCUAAUGUUAGAGCGCUGGAUGUAGACAGAAAGCUGCCUGCUGAGACUCAGCUGCCCUCCCCUUCACAGAGGGGCCAGCAGGUUCCAGCUUCUGCCACUGUCUUGGUCACAGCAGCUAGUUCUACUUCUGUGGCAGCUGGAGAUAAAGCUGGCACUACAGAAGCAGCCUCGCCAGUGUCUAAGGCAAUGACAUAUGUAGAAAGUCCUGUAACUACACCUGCUAUAUCUACACCUUUACUUUGCACUUCACCUGAUGUACCUAGCCUUAAAGCACCAGGACCAGGAACCAUGCCAAAAAUGAGUUCCUCCAUCCCUGCAAAUAAUCCAUUGGUUACUCAGUUACUGCAGGGGAAGGAAGUGCCGCUAGAGCAAUUCCUGCCGAAGCCUCUAACCAAAGCAGAGAUGAAGCAUGUGUAUCAGUUUCCGAAAACUUCACUUGAUGAGAAAGUAAAGCCAUCACCUGAUGGCACCCUGGUAGUAUCAGUGACUAUGGCAAGUGCCACCACUGUGAUUCAGGACUCUGGUGAGGUACCUACUGACCUAAUCAAAGGAAGACAAUCUCAGGCAGUACCAGAGCAAGUUGUUGGAUCGAUUGAUCAGCAGAGACAGCAGGAGCUGUUUGAGCAGGCUGCAAAACAGAGUUCUACCAGUGACAAACAGCAGAGCAAAGCCACUGAUCCAGGCUGCACUCAGUCAGAAACACUCAGCAGCAGAAUCUCAGAGAGGACACUGCCAGCUAGACUGAGUAAUGUGCAGAAUCAAACCUUAGUUCCAGUGUCUUUACAGCAUGAUGGCAACCAUUCAGUUUUUCCUUCCACAGGGGCUUUAGUUGGUCAAAGAUCGAGGUUUGGUUUGAUGGGGACAAAGUCUGCCCUUAAGCCAGCUGUAUCUGGUCACUACCUUCUGAACACAGCGACAUAUGGAAGAGGUUCAGAGAGCUGGAAGAGAGCCCAUGUUCAGAGUACUGACGCUCAUGUUGGUAUAAAUGGCCUGGUGGAGACAUCUGACGAUAUUAAGGAGGACAGGGCAAAACAAAUGGAUGGUAGUAUUCAGGUAGCGUCAGAAGCAAUAAACAGUUCAGUGUCCUGUCACCCCCCGCCUGCAUUAAUUAAAGCAGAUCAAGACUCCACCCAGAUGGGUGACAACAUUGCCUGCCCACGAGUAGAUCAUUUGUCCAGUGGAUAUUUGAAAGUGGAAGCACCCACACAUGAAUAUAAACACACUGGAAAGGAGAACACUCCUGUACUGACUCCUGCACAAAUGGCUGGUAUAUCUGUGACUAAAGAAUUCUAUCAGGGACUCCAGUCAAAUUUAGCCCAUGUUGGCGCUAGCAAGUUAAUGCAGAGCCACCAAGACCCUUACAGGAUAUCCAGCGUAUCUGUAGGAUUUCAACAGCCACCCCAGCACCACCAGAAGCUUCCCCCUUCAGGAAACCGGGCAAGUUCCCAGUUUGCAUUUAAACCUGUUCAGAGUAGCAGUAUCAAUGUUCCUUCUGUUUCAUCUGUAAACCAUUGCUCCACGGUGACAGGAAUGUCUGUGUACAGCCAAGUCUCAAAUAACUCUGGAAAUAUGGUGUCAUUCUCCGUUACUGUGACAACACUUCCUGCUGGUCAGUCAAUAAGUACAAGCAGUCAAUCUGCCCAAACGUUUCCUGAGGGUGGCAGCAUGGAGGACUCACCUUCUCAAUGUUAUUGCAGGCUAAAAGCCAUGAUCAUGUGUAAAGGAUGCGGGGCAUUUUGUCACGAUGACUGCAUUGGACCAUCUAAAUUAUGUGUUUCUUGCCUGGUGGUACGAUAAAUAAACCUGGUUUCUUUCAUUAGAAAGAAAUUUAUCUGGAUUGGUAUAUGCCAUGCACAAGAGAAAUAUUCAAUCAGGAAAAAUCGUAUCUCAAAUUUAUUAACAAUGGCACCUUUCUCUCGGCUUCUUUGGCUGGUAUGUGAUAAAUGAGACAGAGUUUGCACUAAAGAUCAUGCUUAGAUUGUAUUCUAUUUUUAUUCAAACAAAAUUUUGAACAGAAGCAACCAGGGUAACAAAUGAAAACUUGCUUGAUAUAUUAUUUAAAUACCUGAUCAUAUGAACAGGACCCCCUUGUAUUUUAGCCUUUUCUCCCUCACCAUCCCUGGGCCUUUAAUACAUUGACGUGAAAAAGCAAAUGUGAAAUUUGCACAGCUAGUGAACAAUGCAUUUACUGAGCUAAUUUCUUCACCUCAAAACAACAUUGAUGAGUAUAAGUUAUCCAGGCUGGGCAGUGAACUUGCAGUUUUUCACAGUGAGUACCUGUUUAGUUAGAAUCAAAACUCUUAAAUCCCAAAGCUGACAUUUCUUGUUCAUUACUACACUUGUGUUUGAAUCGGAGAGAUUGGCAAAUGUUAAGAGUACAGGUAAUGCAGCUGUAAUAUCAACAAACUAAAUACAGUCAGGAUAAAAGUCUGUAGACUUUGUGAUGACCUAUAGAGCAUGUGCUGACAUUAAGUUACUGCAGAAAGAACUGCAUUGAAUUUUAAUAAAACUCCACCAAUCUGCUGGAUCAAGCAGUAAUUGAAUACAAAAUAUUAGUCAUCAGAUUGUAUUUGAAGAUCAGAAAACAAACUAAUAGAGUAUAACUAAGAAGGGGCAACUUUGCAAAAGGUUUAUAUCAUUAAAAUUGUCACAGUAUGAACAUAUGAAAAACCCACCUUGAUUGCAUUGUAUGUUUUCUGACAGUAUUUCUGAACUGUUUUGAUAUCUCACUAGAAGGAACAAUGAGGAAACAAUAAUAGGAUUUUAAUCUGUUCCACUUCCAGGAAUAGUCAUAGGAUAAAUGGCUGAGGAAUUUCCAUGUUAUCAGUUUCAUAUUUCAUGAAUAUAUUUUAAAAAUGUAUUAAAAGAAUUGUCCCAGCUGUCUCCUUUUGUCAGAGAAAAAUCUUUCCUUAAUGAAAAUUUGUUGAUCAAAACUGUAGAAUAGCAUUCUAGAACAGCUCAGUGUCUGUGAAAUGAUAAAGAAAAGCUUUUAGAUCAACACUUAGUACUUAAAGAUACCUCAGUUUUUUGAUGAGGGCAUAAUGCUGACACACAAAUCAGGAAUAAACACUGUUACUUAAAUUCAAAGUUCUAAUGUAAUGAUGUUCACUAAUCUAUUGCUUACACCAGAAGUCAGCAAUGUUCCUCUUACUGUAAGAGGUGAGCACAGUGCAGCCUAGUAACUGAUUGUUACAAUUGCCUAUGACUUUCAGUAGAUUUUAGGCAGUGUCUAUGAUUUUCGGAACAUGCGACAGUAAGAUUGAAAGGUUACAGACAGCUUUUGCAGUCGACGUUCUUGAAGGGGCCAACAAAAUAACCUGAUUUGUUGAUAAUGGCAGGAUUUUUUUUCCUAAUCUCCCUUUUAAUAUUGUUAAAAGCAUCAAAGUCCAGCAUACCAUAAUUGUCGUUUGACACAUGACAAUAGCUUUACCAAGUUUUGUUUAAUUUAUGUCAGUUUGGAUUUUAACAGGGUUGUAAAUCUUCCCACUGCUUCUAGUUGUCUUUGAAGACAUUAAUAUUCUGCCUUUUGAUGCAAAUUUUGGAGAAUUUAUUGAGUAAAUAGUAGAAAAAUGUCAAAAUAAAUUAGGCCUAUGUAUAGUUUUUAAAAUAAAACUGUUUUUCACAAAUACCAAUAUAGAAAUCACUAUUUUUAAAAAUAAAUAAAGGAUUUUUAAAGAAUUUAAAAGAUAAAGAACAUUUCUUUUACUUUAUAUUGGUUGCACGUCAUGUUUCGUGUUCAAAUCAAAUGUGGCAAAAUAUUUAAUAUUUUUCUCCCAAUAGUAAUAAUCUAAAUAAAAUAACCCAAUGACAGUUGUAAUAAAGUUGCAUGGUCAGUAAAAUUGAAAAUACUCAAUACUUAAAACUGCAUCAGUAAAUGGUCCAUGUUGUCAUUAGAGGCAAUUGGAAAUAUUGCCACAUUAUGCCACUUGUAAAGAACAUAGAAUCUUUAUUUCUGGUAUCGUCUUUCUUGUUACAGAUUAUAUUUUUAUCUCAAAAAAUUUUAAAAGGCUGUUCUUAUAAUGGAGAGUGUACAUUUGAAAUAUAACUCCUGUAUGAAAUGUAUUUUAUCACCAGAACAACAGCAAAUAAAGAUAGCUGUUAUA